GAGCCCUAAUGUUAGCCUUUGCUUUUAGCAAAAUAGCAUUAAAGAUUAGCUAGCUGCACCGCAAGAGAUUAACAAUACAGUCAAUUGGUUAAUCUAGUGUUCUGCUCUUUAAACUCUUUUAUUGUGUAUUUGCGUCUCGGUUUGUUUUGAAAUCGUGUAUAUAAGGAGAAUAAUCUCUAUACAGGAACGCAAAAGGUGAAACAAGAUGCGUUGUCCUUCUGUGUCUGCCAUGGAAGCAGAUGUCAGUUUGUUGAGUGACCUGCCCUACUCCACAAGCAGUUCAGCUAACAGCAGAGAGUCCAGCACUGACAUGGAGCCAGUAAAUGUCAGAGUACCCUCUGCAAAAUACACCAAAGUGGGCGAGACUUUGAGGCAUGUCAUCCCAGGACAUAUGCAGUGCUCCAUGGCUUGUGGUGGUCGAGCAUGCAAAUAUGAAAACCCCUCUCGCUGGAGCGACAAAGAACAAGCCAUCAAAGGACUGUACUCCUCCUGGAUAACUGAUAACCUGUUAGCCAUGGCAAGACCUUCAACUGAAACCAUGGAAAAAUUCAACGUCAUCGAACAGUUUCAUGCGUGUGGCUUAAAGACAGUAAUUAAUCUGCAGCGUCCAGGGGAACACGCCAGCUGCGGCAGCACUCUGGAAUCAGAGAGCGGUUUCACCUAUCGCCCAGAGGUUUUCAUGGAGGCAGGGAUUUUUUUUUAUACUUUUUUUUUGGACUAUGGCGUGGCAUCCUUGACUACUAUCCUUGACAUGGUGAAGGUGAUGUCAUUUGCCAUGCAAGAGGGAAAAAUGGCUGUCCACUGUCAUGCUGGACUUGGCAGAACAGGUGUCUUAAUAGCAUGCUUCUUAGUAUUCACAUCCCGGAUGAGUGCAGAUCAGGCCAUUUUGUUCAUUAGAGCUAAACGUCCAAAUUCCAUCCAGACUCGUGGCCAACUGUUGUGUGUGCGAGAGUUUGCCCAGUUCCUUGUGCCACUGCGGAGUGUAUUCUCGUGUGCCGAGCCCAAAGCUCACACGGUCACUUUGUCGCAAUACCUGACUCGUCAGCGGCACCUGCUGCAUGGCUAUGAAGCACGUCUCAUGAAGAACGUGCCAAAAAUCGUACACCUGGUUUGCAGGUUCCUACUGGAUAUAGCAGAGGACCGGCAAACGGUGGAAGAGGAGGUGUUGGACAUCCCAGACCUCACAGAGGAAGUAGAGAAGACAGUCUCGCUGCAAGCCCUUCAGCAGUUAGGGAAAGAGAUGAGGGGGAAAGGGAUUCUCAUAUCCUCACCUUGCUCUCCCGACCACCCCAGCUUGCUACUUAAAGAAACUCAGUGUGAUCCACCUCAUGACCGGCCUCUCUGUAGUGACCAGGAGUUCGAUGUGCUUUGGAGAUGGCCGACAGUAGACAAUACCUACAAUUCUCAGCUCAUCUUGAGGAAAUGUCGUAGCUAUAGUGACUCAGCCUUGAACAAACUGGACCCCAGGGUACAGGUACUACAAAGUCCUCAGAAUGCUCUUGGUAGCAAAUCUGGGUUAAACUUUACCAAAGUAUAUGUGUCGCAGAGCAGAUUAGCUACACAAACCCCUGACCCUCUGCCAUCCCCACUGACAUCCGAAAUCAACAACAGUCCCUCUUCAACUGGUUCCUGUAGCUCCCUGGUACAGUCCAAAAAAGUUGAAGUCCAAGUAUCCUGCUCUCCUGCAUCUGUAAAAUGGGCACCACUGAAGGAGACAAAGCGCAGCAUGUCCUAUGGCUUUCUAAGAAGGACUAGUGACAGCAUGUUUUCAACACGUCACCUCAGCCCUAAUGAAAACACAACCUAUGAUGACAUACAUCCAUUGACAGACAUUCCAAUUUUUACGCUUCAAAGUGAACUCUCACUGGAGACUCGUCAUCUGUUUGUGGCCAAAGCUCUUAUGAUGGACAUUGAUGGAGAAGACCUCAGGAGCACAGUCUCAAUGUGGCAGACAGAGCUGAACUCCCGUGAAGGUGCAUGGGAAAGGCUGUGCACUGAGAGAGAUCCUGUGGUGCUCUCCACGCUCAUGUGGUCUUGGCUAGAACAGCUGAAGGAGCCAGUCAUCACAAAAGAGGAUGUUGAGACUUUGGCUGGAAACAGAUUCAAUCCCCAACAUGGUCUGAAUGCACUCAACAAGGGACAAAAACAAACCCUUCUGUGUAUUCUUGACUGCGCUGCUCAUUUGCUUCCAAUACCAGAAGAGGUUGAGAAUGCCUUUUUUGAACGCACAAUCAAAGCAUUUACUUGGAUUUCCUCAGAUUCAGAGAAUGGGCAGUUAAGCUAUAACACUCUAAAAGACGUCAUGAUCCCUGUCCUCAAUGAUUUGAGAACAAAAGCAAUGGAGGAGCUUGAGCUGACCUGCCACUGUUCUCAUGUACAUUGAU